AUGGAUAUAACUGCUGUCGGUACAAAGGGAACUCUGCAUGUUGAUGGUUUUGUUAUCCCUCGUGAAGGGAAAGAAGCCGCUUUUUCUGCAGCUUCAGAAAGUGGAUUUAAUGAAUUUGUCACCUGUUGGGUUCCACCACCAAGUCGUCACAUUGUGACCACAGAUCUUCCGCAUGAGGUCCUCAUGGUAAGAGAGUUUGCUCGUUUGGUAGGGGCUAUUAAAAAUGGUGCAAAACCUGAGAAGAAGUGGCCAACCCUUAGUAGGAAGACACAGAUCGUACUCGAUGCUGUCAAGGCAUCAAUUGCCAAGGGUUUUGAAUCCAUUGUUAUCGCAUAUUAA